CUGUUGCGCAAGCUCUGCAUUCAAAGCGGAUCGCUUCCGGACUCGCUGGAGAUCUCUGAAGAGAACAUCACAAGACAUCAUGACCAUGCUAUCGAUGGAGGUGGAUUUGCAGAUAUCUGGCUAGGCACGUAUGGUCGCAUCACAGUGGCACUCAAAGUGUUCCGUGUCUUCAGCAAAGACGACGCUCAGGUGGUCUACAAGAAAUUUUGCAAAGAGGCUAUUCAAUGGAAGCGCCUCUGCCAUCCCAAUAUCACACCUUUUAUGGGAGUAAAUACCACACUCUUUCCGCUUUGCUUGGGUAGCGAAUGGAUGCCCAACGGCAGCGUUAAUGUCUUUCUAAAGAAACGACCAAACGCGAACAGGCUGGAGUUGGCAAGUCACAGAGACACCCCGUUACCACUGGUUGAUGUGGCAAAGGGUUUAGAGUAUCUCCAUGCACAUGGGUUAUUCCACGGGGAUCUCAAAGGCGCUAAUGUGCUCGUUGACGAGACUUCCCAUGCACGGCUUUCGGAUUUCGGAUUGGCAGCGGUUAUAUAUGAUCCUGACACUGUCAAUUUGAUGACUACGUCCUCUUGCGAUCAUGGGUCGAUUAGGUGGAUGGCACCAGAACUGUUGUUUCCAGAGCAGGUUGGGCUUAAAAGUGCUCGUCAGACGUUUCAGAGCGACGUAUACUCUCUUGCGAUGGUGAUGUGGGAGAUAUUCACUGGACGUAUGCCGUUCCAUGAAAUACCGCGUGAUCCUGCAGUUGUGUACCAGGUCACCAUGCUAGGUACUAGGCCAAAACGCCCACCAGACGCUCUCUUGCUAGGUCUAUCUGAUGCCGUCUGGCGGCUCAUGGAGCUCUGCUGGCGCACUGACUGGCGCGAACGUCCGAUGAUGGCCUUCAUAUUGCAACAGUUGGCAAAGGCGAUCGAGGAUUACCUGCCGGUCAACAGAGAUGUCGAGACGACAGAACGCUUAUGGGAAAACAGACUUCAUGACAGCUCAAGCACACGUGUGAGCUCCAUCAUGCGCCACAGCUAUGACACAGUCUCGCUUCCUACAGGCUUGAUGUCGAAGACAGCCUCGGAUAAUGUGACUUCCGCAUGCUCGAAUGCAAAUGACCCAGGCAGCUCGUGGAUCCGAAACGACGAAGAGAAUCUCGAACAUAUACGUGACGCCGCGCAAUUGUUCAUCGGAACGGAGAGGAAGUACGUUCAUGGCUUGGAGAUCCUACAGGUGAACUUCCUAGAGCAUACGCUGUCCCUCACCUCUCAUAGUUCGACGUGCUAUGCAGGAUUAUUCCAGAGAAGCGUUCCGUACGGACGCCGCGAUCCCGCUUUAUAG